GGUGAGAUAGAGACUCGCUCCUCAUAUUGGUUGGUUUGGUAGCGCAGGAUUCUUGUGUCAAGUUUGUGAUCUUUCUUAUCAGAUCUGCAGAUAUCCUUUUCAUAGCUUCACUCAAUUCUGCCUUUCUUCUAAUUUCCAAUCAUUUCUUCUCAGGGUAUUAGAAAUAUGGAUGAUAUUCACUCUGAAGAGCCAGUGCUCUCAAAACCUCAACAUGACGUCGGAUCUGAUAAGAUUAUCACCAUGGACGAAAUGGCGAGUCAAGAUGUGGAAGGCAACUCCACAGGGAGACGAAUUUCGGAUCACAGUCUACAAGAGGGAGUGAAGAAUAUUGAAGCUGUAUCUAUGAUAUGGUCGAAAUGGGGGUUGAUCGCAGCAUAUGCUAGGUAGGCAAGACGCGUUGUCCGAUCUUGUUAAAGCUUUCACGCUUACUAAUGUUUCACAGUAUUUUUCUGAUUGCUUUCUCGGUAUCCUUAGAGGGACAGGUCGUACAGUCGCUCUCUGUUUUUGCAACCAGUUCCUUCAACAAUCAUUCUUUGAUCUCUACUGUUUAUGUUGUGCAAGGUGUUGUCAAUGGCAUGUGUGACCUUCAUCAUGUGAUUUUGACAUGAAGCUAACAUUUGAAGCUGUUAUUAAAUCCCCAAUGGCAAAGGUUGCAGAUGUAUUUGGUCGUCUCCAAGCCUUUACAUUCAGUAUUUUGCUCUAUGUCCUCGGAUACAUUCAAAUGGCCACCUCUUCCAACGUCCAGACGUUUGCUGCAGCCCAAAUAUUUUAUUCGGCUGGUAACACUGGAAUUCAAAUCCUCACACAGAUCUUGAUUGCAGAUACAAGUAAUCUUCUGAACAGAGCACUGUGGUCUAGCUUACCAGAUGUUCCCUUUCUCAUUACAGUCUGGAUUGGAUCUAUCAUUGGUAAUGAUAUCCUCAAAACUACUACCUGGAGAUGGGGAUACGGUAUGUGGUGUAUCAUACUGCCUGCAUUGUUUCUGCCUCUGGCUUUGACAUUAUUCAGCAAUAAUCAAAAAGCGAAAAGACUUGGCUUGACAUCUUCUUCUCAAUUCAAAGGGAUGAGAGUUUUGAAAGCGCUCAAGACUGUUUGGUUCGAACUGGAUGUUGGAGGGAUUGUUCUACUCGGUGGAGCAUUUUCUCUGAUCUUAAUUCCUCUGACUCUUGCAUCUAAAACGAAAGGCGGAUGGCAUGAUGGAGGAAUAAUUGCUAUGCUUGUCAUUGGGUUCGUCUUACUGGUCAUUUUCCCGCUGUGGGAAUCCUGGAAAAGGGCUGCUCCAAGGCCACUUAUACCACUCCACUUAUUCAACCGAACAUUUUGUGCAGGAUGCGGUCUCGGGUUCUUCUAUUUCAGUAAGUUACCAAUAUCUAUUGACUACCGGUCUGACAUAUCGCAGUGGUGUUCUACCUCUCCGUUCAACCAUACUUCUACUCCUACCUCCUUGUCGUACAAAAUAAAUCAGUGACAGCUGCCGGCCACAUCACUCAAACUUUCUCUUUCACUUCAACAGCAGCCUCAAUAGUCAUCUCCUUGGUCAUAAAGUACACCGGCAUCUACCAACCCUUCGUCGUCCUUGGCUCCAUAAUCUACCUCGUAGGAAUCGGUCUAAUGAUCCAAUACCGCUCUAUUGGAGCCUCCACAGGUGCAAUAGUAGGAACCCAAAUUGUAGUAGGCAUCGGUGGAGGAAUGCUCAACGUCCCCGCCCAACUAGGAGUCCAGGCCUCAACCAACCACCAACACGUUGCCAUUGCCACAGCCGUAUACCUCACCUGCGUUGAAAUCGGCGGGGCCGUUGGAUCUGCAAUUUCUGGCGCGGUCUGGGGAAAGAAUAUUCCUGUGAAGUUAGCGGAGUAUCUCCCCGAGGCGAAUAAAGUAAAUGCGUCGGCGAUAUAUAAUAAUAUCAAUAAUGCGCUCAUCUACCCUGUUGGUUCCCCGGCAAGAGAUGCGGUUAAUAGGGCGUAUCAGGAGACGAUGCAUAAUUUGCUGAUUAUUGCCAUUUGUGUUUGUGUGCCGGUGUUACUGCUGGCUUGUCUGAUGAGGAACUAUGAUUUGAAGGGGAUGGGGGAGCAGGUUCGGGGGAGGGUUGUUGGGGGGACUGUAGAGAGGGGUAGUAAGGUGGGCGAGAGGAGGUAUGGGACUUUUUGGAGUUGGAAGUUGGACAAGGACAAGGGGAAGGAUGUGAGGAGGGAUACUUUGGAUUGUGAAGGUUGA